AUGACGAAACUUCUCCUCCUCGUCGCCCUCGUCGGCAUCGCCGCCGCCGGCUCUAACAACUCGCCGGCCAGGACCCUGGCCCCUCUGGUCCAGAAAUAUCAAGACCUCAUCUACGCCGGAAAGUACGACGAGCUCGAGGACCUUUACCACCCGAAUGCCGUCCUCGUCGCCAUCGGCAAGCCCAAUCCCUUCUACACCCCUGAGAAAAUCUUCGAGGAGAUCAAGGACGCCCGUUCGAAGGUCGACAACGCCAGGACCGUCAUCCUGAAGGAGGAUUUUAGCGGCGCCGGCGAUAUCCUCAUGUACGAGAACCAGUGGAAGAUCACCACCUCUAACUUCGAGCUGAGCGGCCCCUACCGCUCCGUCUGGGUCAAGUACGAGGGCCGCUGGGUCAUCUACCACGAGGAGUACUCGCAGACCAAGCGCCACAGACACCACUCUUAU